AUGUCUUCGUCGUCGAAAUUAGAAUUAGCUCUCAAAUGCGGUAGUGGUCUAUUUGCAUCUUAUAUGGCGUAUCAAUUUAUGUAUCGCCAAGUUCAUGACCCCUACAUUGAUACCUUUGCAACAAGCUAUGAUUACGUGAUUGUUGGCGGUGGCACAACGGGUUGUAUAUUGGCCAAUAGAUUGAGCGAAGAUCCUAAUGUAACAGUCUUGCUUUUAGAAGCUGGAGGAAAAUAUGUUGAUAAUCCAGUUGUUCCAGUGCCUGCUGCAACAGGCACUUUGCAAGUGAACUCUGGCAUUGAUUGGAGUUACAAGGGAUUGCCGCAAAAAGAUGUAUGCAAAGCCUUCAUUGAUAAUUGCCCAUUAUGGCCGCGCGGAAAGAUUUUAGGAGGUUCAAGUGCAAUUAACUAUAUGGUGUAUAUGAGAGGUUGUAAGGGAGAUUUUGAUUCGUGGCAAGAGUUAGGUGCUGAUGGAUGGAGUUACAACGACGUCUUACCUUAUUUUAAAAAAUACGAAAAUAAUACCAGGGCAGAAUUUCGAAAUGAUCCGCAGCAUGGUGUUGGAGGACCGAUUACUAUUAGUGAUUCACUCGUAGAAGCACCGUACGUUGAAGCUUUCCUUAAAGCAGGCGAAGAUGCGGGUUAUCCUACUUGUGAUCUAAAUGGUGGUAUUAAAAAUGGGUUUGAUCGAGGACAGGUUUUUGUUGGCAACGGAAAACGCCAAAGUACGGCACAAUGCUAUCUUACAGCGGAAGUAUUGGAAAGGAAAAAUUUAUUUAUCGGUAUACAUUCUCAUGUCGGAAAGGUAAUUUUUCGUGGUAAAAGAGCUGUUGGUGUUGAAUUUUCACAAAAACAAAAAAUACAAACUGUUCACUGCAAUCGCGAGGUUAUUUUAUCUGCUGGAAUAAUUCCCGUUGUUGCCAAUCUACCGGUUGGUCUUAACUUACAGGGGUUUCUAACUUCUGCUGGUUACCAAGCUUCCGCUCUGUUUAAUGUCAGUGAGAACGCUGAAGAAGUUCCAUGGGCUGAAAUGCUAAUUCAUCUCAUGUGUAUCGGACCUGAUCAAACCGUUUAUUAUAAUAAUUUUCGUUAUGAUGAGAAAAAAUUUCCUGCUAUGUACGUUGGAGGCCCUCAUGAUCCAUCAACUGCUGGGCUGAACCUUAUUUGUAUACUAUCACAUCCUAAAAGUAGAGGGUGGAUUAAACUUAAAACAACAAAUCCAGAAGAUCAACCAGAGAUACAACCCAAUUAUUUUCAGCACAGGGAUGAUAUGCGCGAUAUGGCAAAAGGAAUGCAAUUUAGCCAUAAUUUGUUAUGUAGUAAAUAUAUGAAGCCAUACAUCAAGGAAAUUCAUCGAUAUAAUGUUGAUUGUCCUUAUGAAUACAAUUCUAUUGAAUAUUGGGAAAGUGUAUUAAGUUAUUUUUCUUAUGACAGUUAUCAUAACAUUGGAACAUGCAGGAUGGGAGAUAAGAAUGAUGAUGCUGCUGUAGUAGAUCCGCAGUUAAGAAUUCGAGGGUUACAAGGAAUUCGUGUUGUUGAUGCUUGUAUUAUUCCGGAAAUGGUUUCUUGCAAUACUUAUGCACCGAUAGCAAUGAUUGGUGAAAAGGCAGCGGAUCUUAUCAAGGGCGUUACUGCAUCUUCAGGAUCUCAUCAUGAUGAAAGAACUGCUUGA